AUGGCGGACAAAUCGGAGAAUCCGAUGCGACAGAUCCGCGUGGAGAAGCUGGUGCUCAACAUCAGCGUAGGCGAGAGUGGUGACCGCUUGACGCGAGCAGCAAAGGUGCUUGAGCAGCUUACGGAGCAGCAGCCCGUGUUCUCCAAGGCUCGCAUGACGAUCCGUCAGUGGAGCGUCCGCCGCAACGAGAAGAUCGCAUGCCACGUCACAGUCCGCGGCGAGAAGGCGGAGGAGAUCCUUGAGAAGGGGCUGAAGGUGAAGGAAUACGAGCUCCGGAAGAAAAACUUCGCACGCAACGGCAGCUUUGGCUUCGGCAUCACCGAGCACAUUGACUUGGGAAUCAAGUACGACCCUGGCACCGGCAUCUAUGGCAUGGACUUCUACGUGCACCUGUCUCGGCCAGGCGGCCGCGUGCAGUACCGAAAGCUCCGCCGCGGCAGGGUCGGAUCUUCCCACAGGCUCAGGAAGGAGGACGGCAUGAAGUGGUUCCAGACCAAGUACGACGGCAUCCUGCUAAACUGA